AUGGCUUUCAGUGAAGAUGAAUUUUUGUUCUGCCACAACUCCAGAUUCAGCUCCUCUUUGCUUGGUUUUAUUAUUUAUUUUGUGACUUUUUAUGUUCACAAGUUGGAAACAGCUCAGUUUAAAGUGAUUGGACCUGACCAGCCUGUCACAGCCAUUGUGGAUGAGGAGAUAGUGUUACCCUGUCACCUGUCCUCCAGGAUGAGUGCUGAGAACAUGGAGGUGACAUGGUUCCGGUCCCAGCUGUCCCCAUUUGUGCAUCACUAUAGUAAUGGAAAAGACCAAUAUGGGCAGCAAAUGCCAGAAUAUCAGGGGAGGACAGAGCUCUUGAAAGAUGGUCUCGCCAAUGGGAGUGUUGCCUUGAGAAUUUUCAGUAUCAGACUCUCUGAUGAAGGACAGUACAGCUGUUUUGUUCAAGAUGAUAUCUUUUAUGAAGAAGCCCUAUUGGAACUAAAGGUGGCAGCUUCAGGCUCUGCUCCUCACAUCUCUGUUGAGGGUUACCAGGAUGGAGGGAUCCGACUGGUGUGCCGAUCGGCCAGAUGGUACCCAGAGCCCGAGGUGCUGUGGAGAGAUCUCAAGGGACAGCCCUUACCUUCAUCCUCUCAAACAAAUUCCCGAGAAGCCAGUGGCCUGUAUGAAACACAAACUUCUAUCAUUAUAACAGAAAAUUCAAAUCAGAACUUGUCUUGUUUGGUCAGGAACACCCACCUUGGCCAAGAAAAGGAAUCAACAUUAUUUUAUAUAUCAGAUCCAUUUUUUCCAAAGGUGAAUCCCUGGAUGGUGGCGAUGUGUGUGAUCCUGGUGGUUUUGUUUGGUUCCUUUGGCCUUAGUGCUUAUCUCUUCAAAAUCAAAGAGAAACAAGCAGUGGAACUUCGUAAGUGUCAUUCUCCCUUUACCUACAUGUAAAACCUUUUGUACAAAGGUGUAUCCUUAUAAAGGUGCUUUGUUCAUGUAGGGGGUUUGUUUUGCUUUGUCAUGUUUAUAAUAUAACUUUAAAAAAUAAUAGAGGUCUUGGGCUAAGUAUGAGAAUUCUAACACCAAAAGGUAAUUUGAAAUAAUAUUCUGAGGAAUAAAAAAAUACAGUGACUUUGAAUGGAAAUGAUGGCUCAGCCUUAACUUUAAUUCUGAAAAUGUAAUGAAAUAAAAUGGAGUAACAGAAUUAAUAUAAUCUUUUGGUAAAGAUAUGAAGAUUUGUGAAUGAUAUAGUUAUAUGAUUAUUAAUAAAAAAAUAGAAAAUGCUCAAUUGUUAACAUAAGAAACCUUCUUUCCCCAUAUUCUUGUACAUUUUUUAGAAUAACCACCCUUCCCACUGAAGUCAAUAGAAGAUAUGUCAUUGAUUUCAAUAGUAGGAGCAGGCCUUAAAUAUAGGGUUUUUUUUACAUGUUUGAUGUUUGCAGUAUAAAUGUAGUCUGUUUGCUGGUAAAGUCUGAUUAUAACUUUGCAGGAAUAAUUCUCCAGGCAAUGGCAAUUUUUAUAAUAUGAAGCAAUCAGACAGUAAUGCUCAUGUUGUGUAGUUGUGAUUUUUUUCUCUUUUAUUGUACAUUUAUAGUAGAAUUUGUAACUCCCGAUUUCCUGUGUGUGUCAAUUUGUAUAAUGUUGAAUCCUGUACAUAGAUCAUGUGUUCAAAUCACUUCUCAUCUUUGCUUAUCUGGUUGAUUUUAGGGUGGAGAAGAUUUGUGGUACCUAUAGAAGAAGAUAAUUAAAGUUCAUAUUUUGUCAAUGUUCAGAUCUCACCUCCUAUGUGCAAAUGUGGCCCCUUUUCCUUCACUGAAGGAGUGUGUUAGAGCCUGAUAGUUCAGGGCAAUCCUCACCAGCAUCCUGCAUUUUAAAGGAUAUAAUAAGGUUGUAACUCUUCUGCCAGAUGGUGUUGGCAGCAUCAAGAGUUAGGUUCAAUAUUUAGGGGUUCCUCUUAAAAAUACAACAUAGAACCGGGUUGAGCCUCUACCCAGUAAACUGGAAAAACUAAACACCACCCCUUGAGGCCUUCUAGAGGUAGUAUUUCCCACUCUCAAGCCCUCAGUCUGUGUCUUAGAGCCCAGGCUCCAGCCCGAGCCCAGAAGUCUACACAGCAAUGAAACAGCCCUGCAGCCUGUAGUGUGGGGC